AUGCGCGCCUACGGCCUGCAGUUGCUGGCAAGCGUGUCGCUGCUCGGUCUUGCAACUGCGCAGCAGAAUGACUCUCUUCCCACUGUUGACCUAGGGUAUGAGCUUCAUCAAGCUGCCUACUACAACGAUACUGGCCGCUUCUACAACUUCUCGAAUAUCCGCUUUGCUGCUCCACCGCUCGGCAACCUGCGCUUCGCCGCACCUCAGCCUCCCGCAGUCAACAGAUCAGAAGUCCAGACCGGCAGUGUCGGGCGGAUCUGCCCACAGGCGGCUGGGGCGUGGUCUUCGAUUGCCGCCCAGUUCGUGCCGGCCUACCUGGCCGGUAUACCAUUCAAUGGAACGUCUUCGAGUAGCAAUUCCUCCGGGUCGACGAGCCUCCCCCCGCAAGAUCCGAGGACGUCUGAAGAUUGCCUGUUUUUGGAUGUCGUGGUACCAGAAGAGGUUUUGGGCAAUGCCGGACACGGAUUUGGUGCGCCGGUACUGGUGUGGAUCUAUGGUGGUGGCUAUACCGGAGGCAGCAAAUCGGCCGCGGGCAAUCCCGCUGGUUUGCUCGCGCGAGGCGAAAACAGCACGGCUGAAGGAGUCAUAUAUGUUGCUAUGAACUACCGUCUCGGCGCAUUCGGGUGGCUAUCUGGCCCAAGUCUCCAGUCGAACGGUACCGCGAACGCAGGACUGCACGACCAGCGGUUGGCGCUGGAGUGGGUACAAGAUAACAUCCACCUCUUUGGCGGCGAUCCGAACCGCGUGACUGUUAUAGGGGAAUCUGCCGGAGGAGGCUCUAUUAUGCAUCAGAUGACAGCUUAUGGUGGCAAAAAUGGCUCAGUGCCCUUCCAGCAAGCAAUCCCUCAGUCACCCGGAUGGGCGCCACAAACCAGCAACUACCAGCAGGAGCAGCAACUAAACGCCUUCCUCGCCUUGCUCAACGUCUCCACCAUCCAGGAAGCCCGCGAGCUUCCCUCCGAGGCUCUGAUAACUGCAAACCUCAUCCAAGUCGGCCGCUCGCCCUACGGUACCUUCACUUACGGUCCAACCGUCGACGGUGACUUCGUCCCCGCCCUCCCGGGUGUCAGCCUACUGCACGGCAACUUCGACCGCCGGGUCCGCGUCAUGGUCGGUCACAAUGCCAACGAAGGUCUCCUCUUCACCAGCCCGUUCAUCACAAACGAUACAGCCUACGAAGCUUACAUACGUCGUAAUAUACCUUCUGCGACGAACGACGUCAUCGAGUACAUCACCAACACGCUCUACCCUCCCGUAUUCGACGGAUCUGAGGGCUACACGGACCAGAUCGGCCGUGUGUCGAAGACUCUUUCCGAGCAGGUCUUCACCUGUAACUCCAACUACCUCGGCCGCGCGUACGGCAACGAGACAUAUGCAUACUUCUUUGCCGUCCCGCCUGCGCUGCACGGCCAGGACGUAGCAUACACCUAUUAUAACGGGCCGAGCAGGAGUGUGGUCAACCAGACAGUGGCGCUGGUCCUGCAGGAGUUCAUCACCAGCUUUGCGGCGACGGGACGGCCGAGCGCGGAGGGCGUUGAGGGAGUUCCGAUGUUCGAUCUGUAUGGCCCGGAGGCGAGCAUCGUCAACUUGAACGUCACUGGGAUUACGGACGGCAUUGAUCGCACGGCUAACGAGCGGUGUUUGUGGUGGCAGAAGGCGUUGUACUUCUAG